CACCAGGAAAAACUGCAUCUGAAAACGCAACGGCAACGUUACCAGCCAAGAAUUCGCGGGAAUUCGCGAGUGGUGAUAUUCCGAUGAACGCCAGCGCGUCGUUGACGGCCGACAGGAUGUCCAACAUCUACAACAAUUCCGUCGUGCGGGUUUACCACCAUUUGUUCCACGAUUUAUCCGAUCCCCGGACGAGGGACUGGUUUCUCAUAUCGUCGCCCGUACCUGGCGCUAGCAUUUUAAUAGGCUAUCUCUACUUCAUUCUGUCAUGGGGCCCGAGACAUAUGGAACACCGAAAGCCGUACCAACUGAAAAACAUUCUGGUGCUCUACAACUUCCUUCAGGUUCUCAUCAGUACGUGGCUCUUUUGGGAGGGCUUGGACGGCGCAUGGUUGAAAAAUUACAACUGGAAGUGCGAGCCGGUGGACUUCUCGUACUCACCGGAUGCUCUGAGAGUCGCGCGAGGAGUUUACUUCUAUUUUCUGGCGAAACUUACGGAGCUGCUCGACACGGUGUUCUUCGUGCUGCGCAAGAAGGAAAGGCAAAUCACGUUUCUCCAUCUGUACCAUCACACGGUGAUGCCAAUGGUGUCGUGGGGCGCUACGAAAUAUUAUCCCGGAGGCCACGGUAUCUUCAUAGGAAUCAUCAAUAGUUUCGUGCACAUCAUCAUGUACUCUUAUUAUCUACUGGCGGCCUUACUACCUCAGUAUCAGCAAUACCUUUGGUGGAAGAAGUACAUCACCACUCUGCAAAUGGGUCAAUUCUGCCUGGCCUUUCUGCAUAACCUACAGCUAUUGUUCUACGACUGCGAGUAUCCGAAAUGGUCGCUGCUUUUGGUACUGCCGAACGCGAUAUUCUUCUACUUCCUCUUCGCGGAUUUUUAUAACAACGCUUACACCACUAAGAAGGAACACGGCGCCUCGCCGAUUCAAGACACGGCCAAAGCGAGUGACAUCGCGGAGAAAGUAAGCAACAACGGGAUAUCGAACGGAAAAAGGAAAAGUGACUAAUGGGGGACGACCGAGAAAGGAGACGCAAUCGCGAAUGAAAGGCCUCACGGCCGUUAUCGUUGCCAACACCGAAUCGUAUCGUCAGUUUUCAUCCAGUUUCUCAUCCCGAUCGAACAGCAGACCAGAAGUACGAAAACGAACGUCCGGUACUGGGGUCAACGCGCACGAAGAGUUAACAGGAAGCGGGGGAGAAAAAAGAAAACAAAAAGAAAGAAAAUAAUCCAAGAGACCAUUAGGCGUUCGCGAAGAGCGAACGUAUGUUUGUUCACUCCGUGCUUCCCAGUUUUAUAUAAGAAUGUCGACGAUCCGCUCGUUGUGCGUCUUCGCGAACGACAGCGAAAUCACGUCCGAGAGGAGUGGCGAGCCAGUAUCGAUGAUUGACGCGCGAUUAGCGCGCACAGGAUGUCCAAGCUUGCUCAUUUUCCAUCACCUGUAAAUCGACAGUUCGAAAUAACGCGCGUUAUUACUUUACACACGCACGGAAGGAGAGUCUCAGUUUCCGCGACUGAAUGGGGACCGGAUAAUAACUCGGUGAACGAUGAAAUGAAAGCCCAGUGACGAGAAAUAACAUCUCCGUUACUACGACUGAGAACCCUCGUGUAAACAUUCAGCUGCGUUAACCCUUUUAGUGCCGAGCAAAAGUAUCGUACCUAUGCGAAGAAUACCGAGCCAAUUUGACGAAUUUACUAAGGUUUGGGAAAAAGUUCAUGAAAGCCAAACUAAAAAUGAUAUUGACAAAAUUCAAAAAGCAGCAUAUUACGAAAUAAAGAAAGAAUAAAGUAAGUAAGUGAGUAUUUCAAUAUUUGUUGAAAAUCAUACGAAUAACGUCAAUAUAAAACAUGAUGAAAAACAUAGAAACAAGUUUCUCUUCUACAAACAACAUUUGCACAUAAGAAUAAUCAUCGUUUGAUCACAGUUUUACGUAGAUCACAUAGUAUGAAGUAUGAGUAUUACAUUUCCAAUUAUUUUUAACAAAAUAACUAAUAUCGGUACUGAGAACGAAACUGUCCCGCGUCGAGUUUCUACCUUAUCGCUCCGACGUAUACAGACCCUCGGCACCAACCAGCAUGGAAUAUAACAAAAAGUUAAACCCGAAAACAAUUUUUUAAAUUCUUUUGCAAUGAAAUUAGACCGUUUAUAACGUUUUAUAAAUUUAUUUUGAGAUAGAGCUUUCUCGCGAUGCGAAUAGUAAGGCGCCCUCGGAUACGCGACGAUAUAUCGUCGUUGGCGCUAAAAGGGUUAAGACUCAGUUGGGCAUUUAGCAGAAACCUGUCGUAGGAACGUCUUUCCGUCCCUACAAUUGAAUCUUCUGGUCCCCGAGCGAAAAGUUCAGUUACACCGAUCAGGGAUCGUUUCUUCCGUGCGGAAAAUUACCGGUUGCCGCGUGUACACUUGGAUCUUAAUGCGGCCUUCAGAUCGAACGAUACGUCGGCGCGAAUCACGUGCAUCGCAAGACGCGCGGAUUUCUCCGCCGAAAGCUGCUUCCAUACCGUGUACACGCGGCUCACCUUCUCGUUUCAUCAUAUCUUCGCGAUACGAUCGAAACGACAUUCCGCCUUAUUUAUAAUCUUAUCCCCGUCUCUGUCGCAUAUACAUCGUAAUCUCUAUUAUCUCUCACAUCGCGAGGAAGCAUACAAUAAAUAUAAUUAUCUAUACCUGUAAUAAUAUUUAUGAAGAGGCGUCUCUCACACAUACGCACAUAAUGGCGGUUUUGACCACGCUACGUGAAGAUCGCGCUUCCGGUGCUUAAAAUGCGCAGCGUGCGCGUCGCUCCGUAGAAACCUCGGCGCUUUCGGCUCGAGAUCGUCUUCACGAGCAGUCGCACACGAGAAGAGCAUCCGAACUGCUCCCACGACGGCUCGUUUUUAGAUCGAUCGAAACACCUUUUCGUAUCCAAUCAGCCAUCAUUUAACCUUUCGACUGCGGACGGCGCUUAUAAGCGCUCAUCGUGUACGAGGAGUGCCUGUAAACCUUAUUAGGUACUCUAUUACUGUUUUUUCACCGAUAUAAAACACUGAGAACGUAAAACAUGAUAUCAUUUGGUACGAUUCAUAAUUAACGACUAAUUCAUAAAUACUGCUGCGGGGCUCGGUUGUACUCGGUGCACGUCCCGCUUCCGGGUGACCUGCGAUCCGAAAGUUACCAGCGGUACGAUCCACGUGCGCACGCGAUUAUGUGAGCUCGAUAGACCGUAGCGAUUUUUAACUCAAAUCGCGCAGAAUAUGAACAGUAGCGAAUGUAACAACGUAACUGCCAACACUUUCACGUCGAAGCUUCGACUUGAAGGUGGAUCAAAACUCUGUUUCGCAUUGAACUUGCGUCGCAAGCGACAGCGUGUUUCGCGAUCGAUCAAUCUAGAUAACACGUGGCCUAAAUAUACGGUAAUUUUCACGGUAAUUGCUUAACGCGUAAACCGCGUACCGAUCGCCUUCUGUCGAUGCUGAAGAAAGAUAUAUAUAGAAAGAGAGUGGAAGAGAGAGAGAGAGAGAGGAGGGAGCAUAAAAUCUUUCUUCACUUUACGAUCUCUUUUUGCGGUCUUUUAUCGCCGAUGCAAGAAUUGCUCGAGGUGCGCGAUUAAUGUAUAAUCAAUCAAAAAGCAUAUUAAAGUUACACGUUGUGUACAAGAAGAACAAAGUGUGAGAACGUCUUUAAGCGAUCACGUCGAUUUUCAAUAACGAGUUUACACGUCAAAUGUGUUCGUGAUGAGUCAAUAAUCAAAUCUUACGUCAGAUAAUCGUAGGUAUCUCUAAAGAGGAGAAAUAAUUAAUUACAUUUUCCAACGAAACGUUAUACCACUGCGAUAAUAAUAUAGGCAUGUGAUACUAACGACGAUUGUAGAAAUCUUAAUUUUAUUAAUUAAUCAAACAGUCGUGUGAGAGACAGACAGACAGACAGAGAGAGAGAGAGAGAGAGAGAGAAGAAUGAUCUAUUAAAGUAUCGUUACUUUUCGGUAUAACUAAUAAUUCGUUUCGAGUGAGAUCAUAUGUGAUAUUUGAUUACACGGCGCGAGAAAAUUCGCGAUUAUCCUGAAAACUGAGAGCCGCUUACGUGUUACUCGUUUAGCAUUCGCGUUUCGUUUUGUGACUCGACCUCUCUUAGCUCGAGACCGACGUGCGUUCGCUUUUUUUGCGUGGUGCUGGAUUUUGCCUAAAUUUCGAUUAGAUUAGUUAAGUCCAAAGAAUAUGGCUUUAAAUUGGCAUUUUUGCGCCAAUUACUAGGUGUAUAUUGUGGUAACAUCAUGACUUCUCCUACUUACUUUUCUUUUCUCUUCUUUUCUCCUUCUUCUUGUUUUUCUUUUUCUUCCUUGCCCAUAUAUCUCUUCCGGUUUAGCUUUUACAUUAAAAUAGAAAACGAUAAGGCACACGUAGCUUCUAAGAUUUUUUAUGCUCUGUGUACUUUAGUGAUACCAUAACGGAGCUUCUAAUGUAAAUAAAGUGUCGGCUGCACCGCGUUUGGUCUCAUCAUUUUAAGACGGUCUUCCAAGCGAUUUGUUGUAUCGAACAGUUACGAUUUUAUUUUAUAUCGAUCGAUCGAGCGGACGACUUCGCAAUUUCGAAUGGAUAGAUAAUCUUACAACCACACCCGUGUGUAUCAUACAAUAUACGUGUGUAAUUUGUUGUAGAAUAAAAGUAUACAUCGCCGUAUGAUCUUAAUUGUUCAACCUUUUGAUCGUCGA